AUGUGUUCCCAUUGGCCUGACUAUGAACACACUGAGGAUGAAGACGUCGACAACGAAGGCACCAAUGAUGAAGACACCAAAAAUGAAGUUACCAGCAAGGAAUUGUUCGAUUUCUUAACGGCCAGAGAUCACAAACCAAGAUACGUGAUGUUCUUCGUUCCGAAAAAGGUAUAUUUAUUUCCCAGUUUAUAAGAAGUGUAUAUGCUAAUUUUGCCAGUUCGUGUAUGAACCAGUUCUCUCUGGACCACUGCUCCGCCUCCUUCCCGAACUCCAGCUUAUGGUCUUAAGCAAUCUUGAAUACCAAAAGGACCAGCUCUGUUUGGCGUUCACAUGCAUCUACUUCAUGCGCCUCCUUAAGCCUAUCCUCCGCGAGGGCCCACUAUAUUCUUCGUUCGGAUUCAAUCAUUUUGUCUUCUAUGGAGAUAAUUACCAAUGGGUGGCAGAAUGCGAUAUCUGUCGAGAGUCGAAGCUGGUUUUUCUCGAACAAUUGGGCCCUCCGAUUGAGCAAGGUCGAAGAAGGAAAGGAUUCCAAAUUUGUAUGGAACGUAUGCGAUACCGACCAACAAGGAAGUCUUUCUGGAUGGCGAAAGCGGAUGCGGGAGAGUUUGGAGAUACCAAUGGAUCGGAGGGAGCAAAAUUGAGGAAGUCUUCUCGGAUUGAUGUGGCCGAGUGGAGAUCUGGUGACCCGAACGUAUUAUGUCCUGCAUGCAGACAUUUUCAGAAAGGUGGAUAG